ACCUAUUUAUAUACACCGUGGUUUUACCAAGUGUCGCUCACAAUGGUCAUGUCACCGUGAUGCAUAUGCAUGGUGACGCAGCUAUAAACAUAAUAACUCCAUAACCAAACGAUAACCUCAACUGGGUUUGGAGGGAUAAGCGUGUUAGAAGAAGUAAUACAAAUGAUGGAAUGCUAUGUCCUUGGCAUCUAAAAUAUUUCUAGCCACAUCGUGUGGAGUGUCUGCUGGCAUCAUUGGAUACGUCCAUAUCAAACAGAAUAUUGACAGGUAAUGAUAAGGAGCGUCUGCACGAGGGUGUGAUCAAGGACGUGGAGCGGCAGCAGCGGCGCAAGGUGGAGAACCUCGCCCUGCUCGGCAAGCAGCACGACCUCGAGAAGCUGCUGAAGCGGCAGCGGGACGCGGACGGCGCCGCCGUCCCCGCCGGCACGGAGCACGACUGAGCGGCCCGCCUCCGGCCGCCGAGGUGUCGGCCGCUGCCGACAUGACGCGGACGGACGGCGAGGACGGUAAGCCGGCGGCGGCGGCCACACCGCCGCGGCCGCCGCCGCCGGCGCCGCCGCUGCCCGCGCCGCCCAUCAGCGACAACCUGACGGUGAUCCCGCCCAAGAAGCACGUGCGCGAGCUGCAGACCAUCAUCCGCGACCGGAACACCACCCGCAGCGACUUCAAGUUUUACGCGGACCGUCUGAUCCGGCUGGUGGUGGAGGAGGGCCUGAACCUGCUGCCGUACACGCCGGCCACCGUCACCACGCCCACCGGCCACCAGUACCCGGGCCUGCGCUACCAGCGCGGCAACUGCGGCGUCAGCAUCGUGCGCAGCGGCGAGGCCAUGGAGCAGGGCCUGCGCGACUGCUGCCGCUCCAUCCGCAUCGGAAAGAUCCUGGUCUCGUCCGACCUGGACACGCACGAGGCGCGCGUCGUGUACGCCAAGUUCCCCGAGGACGUGGCCGAGCGCAAGGUGCUGCUCAUGUACCCCAUCAUGAACACGGGCAACACGAUCGUACGCGCGCUGCACGUGAUGCGCGAGCACGGCAUCCAGGAGCAGAACGUGAUUCUGCUGACGCUGUUCUGCACACCGGUGGCGGCCCGGCUGGUCACCAGCUCGUUCCCGCGCCUGCGCAUCCUCACCUCUGAGAUGAACGAGGUGACGCCCAACCACUUCGGCCAGCGCUACUUCGGCACAGACUGAGGGAGGGACCGGCGCGGCGGCGGCGGCCGGGCGCUGUCCGAGCCGCGUGUCGGGACCGACCCCGUGCAAUGACGCCCAGCUGCUCCUGUUUAGUUAUCUCGCUGGCUAAUGUGUGGUACCCCAAAGGCUUUCCUAGUUUUAUACGCGGUUGGCGGCUUACUCCCAUGCCGGUUGUAUUGGCUCCUCGUAUUGGCUCAAGGUCCAAUCUAGCAACCGGCCCGCUUCAAUGCAGUGGAUGGUAAUUGUUAUGAAAUAAACCGACGUGUGCAUGGUA